AAAUGUUAACACCUCUCUCCUUUGUCAACUCGCAGUCUAUGCGCCUUUGAGCUGUUCACAAUGACGGUGCAGUGGGGCUAAGCUGUGGUGUAGACUUUGUUUUUAUAUCUUCAUGAGAAGUUGAUUCAUCUGAAACAUUGGCUGAUUUACACCGGAUAUUUGAAAAUGGAUUUGCACAAAAACGUUUUUGUGUCGUGGAGCUGCUACGCAUUUUUUCUGCUGAACGUAGCGCAUGGAGACAUGAGCUAUUCUUUAUCGGAGGAGAUGAAACGAGGUUCAGUUAUUGGAAAUAUCGCUAAGGAUCUCGGGCUGCAGACAGGUGCGCUGUCCACCAGAAGAGCCCGAAUUGACACCGAAGGGACUGAUAAACAUUACUGUGACAUAAACCCGGAGCACGGAGAGCUGAUUGUCGCGGAGAGGAUUGACCGUGAGGAGCUUUGUGGCGAAAAGGCAUCGUGCAUCUUAAAACAAGAGCUCGUUCUGGAGAAUCCUCUGGAGCUGCAUCGGAUCAGCCUUCAUGUUCAAGAUAUAAAUGAUAACUCGCCACAGUUUAAGGAUGAAUUUAUAACGUUAGAAAUCCAUGAAUCGUCAAUGAGGGGAGCACGCUUUGUGAUCGAGGAGGCGCACGAUGCGGAUGUCGGACAAAAUUCAGUUCAGCAGUAUAGCCUUGAAAAUAACGAACAUUUCAUUCUGGCUGCUAAUGGAAACACAGUGGAGCUUGUUUUAGAUAAGGAACUUGAUCGAGAAAAAAAGAAAGAAAUUAAUUUACUCCUUACAGCUUUAGAUGGCGGAUCUCCUCAGAGAUCGGGUACAGUGGUCAUACAUGUAACUGUACUGGAUGCUAAUGAUAACGCCCCAGUGUUUAGCCAGGCCGUUUAUAAAGCCAGUCUGCCUGAAAACUCUCCUAUAGGUACUGUAGUGAUAACAGUGAGCGCAACUGAUGCAGAUGAGGGAGUGAAUGGAGAUGUGACUUAUGAUUUUGGACAUGUUACCAAUGAAGUAAUGAAAAUAUUUAACAUUGAUGAAAAAAAAGGUGAAAUACGCUUAAGUGCUGUCGUUGACUAUGAAGUUUCAACAUCUUAUGAGAUACGUAUUAAAGCAAAGGAUGGUUUUGGACUUUCAUCCUAUACUAAGGUUAUUAUUUCUAUCGAUGAUGUGAAUGACAACGCCCCUGUUGUUAGUCUGAAAUCACUGAACAAUCAAAUACCAGAAAACACUCCAGCUGGUACAGAGGUGGGCAUCAUUAAUGUGCAGGACAGAGACUCUGGGAAUAAUGCACAGGUUAUCUGCUCCAUCCAGGAAAAUGUCCCUUUUAAGUUGGUUCCUUCUAUUAAAAACUAUUAUUCGCUAGUGACCACAGGACAACUGGACCGUGAACUAGUAUCUGAUUACAACAUUACAAUCACUGCCACUGAUGAGGGCUCUCCAUCUCUGUCCUCCUCUAAAACUAUUCAGUUAUCUGUAGCUGACAUCAAUGACAACCCACCUGUGUUUGAGGAACAGUCCUACAGCGCAUAUGUGAGUGAAAAUAACAAACCUGGAUCCUCUUUAUGUACUGUUUCUGCUAGAGAUCCUGACUGGAGACAAAACGGUACAGUGAUUAAUUCUCUGUUACCUGGUGAGGUGAACGGUGCCUCGGUGUCCUCCUAUCUAUCUGUUAAUGGAGACACAGGAGUGAUCCACGCUGUGAGGUCAUUUGAUUAUGAACAGUUCAGGAGUUUUAAAGUCCAAGUGAUGGCCAGAGACAAUGGUUCUCCUCCUCUCAGCAGCAAUGUGACUGUCAGUGUGUUCAUAUCGGAUGUAAAUGACAACUCUCCUCAAAUACUGUACCCAGCACCAGAGGGCAGCUCCUUCAUGACUGAGUUAAUCCCUAAAGCUGCACAUGGAGGGUCUCUGGUGUCCAAAGUGAUAGCAGUGGAUGCAGACUCUGGACAGAAUGCCUGGUUGUCCUAUCAAAUACUCAAAGCCACAGAUCCUGGACUUUUCAGUAUUGAUCUGCACAGUGGAGAGAUCAGGACACAGCGGGACAUUUCAGAAUCUGACAGCAUGAAACAGAAUUUGAUUGUUACUGUGAAAGAUAAUGGACAGCCCUCUCUGUCUGCCACCUGCUCAAUUUAUUUACUUAUUUCUGAUAACUUGGCUGAAGUGCCAGAACUGAAAGACAUUUCUUAUGAUGAGAAGAACUCCAAGUUGACCUCUUAUCUGAUCAUUGCACUGGUUUCUGUUUCCACCUUCUUUCUGACCUUCAUCAUCAUCAUACUUGGAGUGAGGUUUUGUCGCAGGAGAAAGCCCAGACUGUUGUUUGAUGGAGCAGUAGCCAUACCAGGAGCUUAUCUACCUCCAAGUUAUGCAGAUGUUGACGGCACAGGAACUUUACGCAGCACCUACAAUUACGAUGCCUACCUGACAACAGGAUCUAGAACCAGUGACUUUAAGUUUGUAUCAUCUUACAAUGACAACACUCUGCCUGCUGACCAGACUCUGAAGAAAAGUUUGAGUGAUUUUACUGAGGCUUUUGGAGAACUGGAAGGAUGCUCAGAGGUACGAUGACACUCUUAAGCCAUU